AGUCGGUCAAAGAUGGAAGAUCCUGAACAGCUCAAGCUGAAACAGAAGGCGAAAGAGAUGCAAAAGGCAGAAAUGGAGGAGAUGCGACAAAGAGAAGCAAACAUGACUGCCCUUCUGGCCAUUGGUCCACGGAAGAAGCUGAAGACAGAAAACAGUGGGAAUGCAGGGGGUGGUCUUGGCAGUGGCUCUGGCCUCAACAACUCAUUCUCAAAACUUCCAAUGCGGCCAAGAGUGAAACGAGUCAACUUGAAGGACAUAUUGUUUCUUUUGGAGCAAGAGCGCGAGAGCAUACACAGUACACUGCUGUACAAGUCCUAUCUCAAAUAGAAAGGGGCACACAUGCAAUUGCACCUUGGACACAGGAGUGGCUUCUGAUAUGCCCAAAGCCACUAGCUCUCAGUAGACAGUGUGUGCACUUCUUGAAGUUUCAUCCACUGCCCACCCUGAUAUGUUGGCUUGUGCCAGCCCAGUACUUCCUAUAUGUUUUCCAGUGCCCGGGCGAACGCUCUUUUUAGGCCGUGUAGCGCGCUCUUUGCCUCCGCUCGCCGCUGCCGCACAGCGGUGCUGCGCAAGUAGACUACCGGAAGUUGGCGUCGAACGGCCAUGCAUAUUAAGAAGCUCGCGAAUUCGUGUUUUUAUGCAAGUUUAUUUGAAUUCGCGCUGCUUUCUAGCUUUUACAGGUUGAGGGCUGAUGAAAAGUAACACAAACAUAGCAGCGUGCUGCUUUCACCAGGCACUGACCAUGGCGACGGCGUGCCCAGCGCACUUGUGGCUACUCCCAGGCUAGGGCACGAGGCGGGUAGGCGGGUGCGUGGCCCGCGAGCCACCGAGGGCAAAAAAAAAAACCGCAAAUGUGCUGACCCCCUUCCUCCAAAACAACAAGAACAAAAAAAAGAGCAUUGACAGCACCACGGUUUUAGCUAGCGUCACGUGUGUGGGGCUAUGCUGCAUAUGGAGGGGGCUUUACCGAACAGUUUUGUGGUGUAUCCGUGUCGUACGCUUUUUUUCGAUGCCGUGCAUGUGUGCAUGGUUUCACUCACGGUGUGGCCCUCGGCGACAUUCAGCUUUCUUUUUGUGUUUUUUUUUUAAUGCAGACAUUUGUGUCCUCACCACUGAGGAGGGUGAACCACCGCCGUUGUGCCAUUCGGCCUCUACCCUGCAGUGGUGGCGCAAUGCCACACUACACCCACGCCCGCUUCCUUUUAAAAUCCGCUCCUUCGCCUGGGCACUGAGAAAAUGUAGAAGCUGUUGGCCAGCCUCAAAUUCUACCCGCUUAGCAGUACAGUUUGUUGAUUUCUACCCCCGUAAUUUAAAACAAGCCUCAACUUGAAGUCCGUCCUUUGCUCAACUUGGUUGACCACAGUGCCGCCGCUUAACUGAGUAUGACACGAUGCUUGCCCAAGAAUAGCUGCCUGUUAUCAUUCAUAUGGGGUGACCCGUUCUGCCAAGGGGCGACGCUGCUAUCAACUUUCUCGAGUCGAAGUGGUCGACCGAGUGGAGGGAGGUUCUAAAAUAUGGGGGUAGAUUGCUUUUUUGUUUUGUUGUUUUAAGGUCUAUAUUUUGUGCAAAAAGGAAAGUGGGAGAAGCACAGUAACAACCCGCAUUUAGAAAAAAGUGAUAAGUUUUGUAAUGUGGAUUUGUAUAAUAGAUUUGUUUGUCACUCACAGAUGCAGAGAAAGGGAAUAGAAUUUUUUUUUUCGUUAUAUGUAUUUUGAAUAGUAUAAUUGUAUACACAUGUUGUUUGUUUUUUAUCUUCCAAACCUUUAAAGAUAACUUUUUGAUGAAACUUGUUUUUGAAAGUUUCAUGUUCUUCCAUUUUCUGUUUAGAUAAUUGGCAGAUUUUUGAAUCAAUAAAUAGCUGUUUGCUUUGGGCUGUCAAGGUUUUUUGCUACAAGUAUUCUUUUUUUAACCCACAAGGAUGUCGCAAGCUCAACAAAAUUUCAGUCUAGUGAAUGCUUGUUCAGUUAAUGGAAAAGUGCUCUCCAUCUACUUAUACAUAUUGUUACACAUUUUCUUUGUCCUGUUCCGUAUGUUGUAUAUAUGUUUAUAUACAGAUAUCUUUUUUGUUUAUAUACAAUAUCUUUCUAUGUACAAGCUUUCUUGAUCUUUUUUCUUUGGCUAUGUAUAGGUCAUGCUUUGUUCAACACAGGAGUAUUUGUGCUGUCGUAACUUCUGUGAUACAUGUAAAUUUCUCAUGCAAGAGCAAUGAAAGAAGUGAGGCUUUGCGAAGUUGUUGAGCGUUGGAAACAUUUUUAACCUGAUGCAAUGUCAACUUCACGUAGGCAGAGUAGUAUAUGGAAUUGUUCGUACCUCUCUCUUUUUUUUUAUGCUCUCUUCGUCACCUUUUUCACAGCCACUUACUUUUUGUUCGGUGCUGUUCAAAAGUUCUUGCAUUGUCGCAGCUUCUGUUGUAGGUCGUGCAUGUACUACUUGCAAGUGAACUGCAGUGCUUGUAAAUAUCAUUCUUAGUGUUUGUGAAAACAUAAUGUGCACUGUAAUGUAAGUAUGCCACAUGCAUGAAACAUUUUGUUUCAGUUCACAAACACAUCAUGUUAACCUUUGAUACCAGAUAGUUAGCUUAUAUUUCAUAGUUGCUUGUAAAUUACAAAGAAAUAACCAUAUGUAUGCACAUGUUUCAAGAGAUAUUUAAUAAGAUUUUAUUGUUGAAGGGACACAGUCCUUGAAUGAAUUUGUAAUUACUGUGUGUUUUUGAACUGUAAUGUAACUGCAAUCGGACUUUUUUUAUGCUAAAGUCGUUCCUGCAUAAAGAAUGAGCAUGGUA